GUGGACUCGCGGGCCCGGCCAAUUGUCGCGGAACCGUUGUCGUACCUAUACUGCAACCGUGGUAUCAUAUUAUUAUAACUGUUGUGUGUUUGUUUUGCGCGUAACCGGUUUACCCGUUCGAGUCCCGUACCAGAGAUCGAUAAAAGUCCGUUUGUUUUUUUCCCAUAAUAUACAUUGUACACUUUGGAUUUAAUCCGAUUUCCCGCGGCGUUUACGAUCGAUUAUCAUAAUAAUUACACAUCCGAAAACUACCACUCCAGUGAAUCCACGUCAGAUCGACCUCGCAACGAAUUUCCUUUAACCUGUCUACGUCGUCGCACCAUCGUCCCCGAACUGAUUUGGAAUAUAAAAUACCGAAGUCAAAAUGAAUACCAACAUUAUGGGAAAACUAUCUUUGGUAGCAGUUACGAUUUUGGUGGCUACUGUGGCGGCAUAUCCAAGCAAACCAUCUUUCCUCGGGUGCCAGAGCUCAGAAGACUGCGGCAUGGACGAAUGUUGCGUUUUAG